UUCCCUAACAGCAACCAAUCACCAGUAGCCAUCCCCGCCUUCCGCCCUCCCUAAACCCUCCUCCCCAAUCCCACCACUCUGCUAUCCCUAGCGCGCCGCUGAUCCCUCCGGCCGUUCUGCCGCCCGCUCUCCCUCAGCUUCUUACCGCAACCGCUGCCGCGGCUGCUGCCCCACUGGCACCUCUCGUUUGUUCCGGUGCAAUGGCUUCCUCCACUCUGUCGGCUCCCGUCAUGCAGAAAGGCAUCCAUGGUUGGAAUCCAUGUGCAAGGAUUUCGAGCAAUGCUCGCGUGAAUUCCCAUCGAACACUUAAUUGCCCUCUUUCGAUGAGCACCGUCAGAAAACCACUCUUUUUCCGAGCACAUCCUGCUUCCAUUAAUCCACCACAUGUCAGCGCCAGUCAGCGCUAUUCGCUCGAUACCAAAAAGUUUCCUGUUUCAUGUGCCGGCAAGUUUCAACUCGAUGAUGUCAUUGAAUCUCAACAAUUUGAUACGGAUAUUCUGAAUGGAAUAUUUGAGGUAGCCUUUGAGAUGGAAAAAAUUGAGAAGAAUUCACCGGGGAGCAAUAUACUGAAAGGAUAUCUCAUGGCUACUCUAUUUUACGAACCAUCGACUCGGACUAGACUUUCGUUUGAGUCUGCCAUGAAAAGAUUAGGUGGAGAAGUUUUGACUACGGAAAAUGCACGAGAAUUUUCUUCCGCCGCAAAAGGAGAAACUCUUGAAGAUACUAUAAGGACAGUUGAAGGUUACUCAGAUAUAAUUAUUCUGAGACACUUUGAAGGUGGAGCUGCUAAGCGGGCAGCUUCUACAGCCACUAUUCCUGUAAUAAAUGCUGGGGAUGGUCCAGGUCAGCAUCCAACACAGGCUUUAUUGGAUGUGUACACCAUCAAAAGAGAAAUAGGUAGACUAGAUGGAAUAUCACUUGGUUUGGUCGGCGAUCUUGCGAAUGGAAGGACCGUUAGAUCACUGGCAUAUUUGAUAGCCAAGUAUAAAAAAGUAAAGAUCUACUUUGUUGCACCAGAUGUUGUGAAGAUGAAGGAUGAUAUCAAAGACUACUUGACAUCCAUGGGUGUUGAAUGGGAAGAAAGCUCAGAUCUACUGGAAGUUGCUUCAAAGUGCGAUGUUGUUUAUCAAACUCGCAUUCAGAAAGAAAGAUUUGGUGAGAGGAUAGACCUUUAUGAAGCAGCUCGUGGUAAGUACAUAGUGGACAAAAAGGUGUUAGAUGUGCUUCCAAAGCAUGCCGUUAUCAUGCAUCCUCUCCCAAGACUCGAUGAGAUAACUGUGGAUGUUGAUGGUGAUCCUAGAGCUGCAUAUUUCAGACAAGCCAAGAAUGGCCUCUACAUUCGAAUGGCUCUAUUGAAGCUGCUGCUGCUUGGCUGGUGAAUGUUGAGAAACACUUUUCCAAGGGAAUUUGAUGGAGUAUUUUGACGUCUAAUAAUUGGUUGGUUGUUCUACUUACGAAAACAUGUAACAUGUUUCCACCCUACUUGUGCAACCAUAUAUUUUAGAAGCCAUAAUGUCCUAAUUAUUUGGUGAAUGUUACCACCAUAAUCGACAAAAACCCAUAAUUUGGAUUCUUUUGUCAUUAACAGUUCUUGUUAAAUCAAGAGUUUUUAAAAUUAUUUUUAGUAAAA